AUGGCACCACCGUUGUUCAAUUGGGGGGUGAAGGACACUCACAGGGGAACCCCAGUGGUGGUGAAGAUGGAGAACCCAAAUUGGUCGAUGGUGGAACUGGAAGGUCCCGAAGAAGAGGACUUAAUGAUACCAAAUUCUCCUUCGGGGGUUUCACGAGAUAAAGGAAAAGGAAGAGGAAAAAACGCGAAACAACUCACAUGGGUUCUUCUCCUUAAAGCUCAUCGCGCGGCGGGUUGCUUGACCUCCCUCGCGCCAGCAUUGUGGGGACUCGCCUCCGCCGUGAAGCGCCGCGUUGCCGCCGGUAAAACUGACGCCGAUACCGACGGCGGCAGAGAGCUCGAGAACCCCACCGUGAAGACGCGUUUCUAUUAUUGCAUCAAGCUCUUUCUGUGGCUUUCCGUUUUUCUCUUGUUUUUCGAGGUUGCUGCUUACUUCAAAGGGUGGCAUUUCGGUGCGGCGAGGCUUCAGUUGGAGCAUUUGCUAUGGGCACCCGCGUUUGGAGUUAAGGAUUUCUUCGAUUGGCUGUACGCGCGGUGGGUUUUGGUUCGCGUGGAGUAUCUCGCUCCUCCUCUGCAGUUUCUAACCAAUGCGUGCAUCGUGCUUUUUCUUAUUCAGAGUAUGGAUAGACUUGUUCUGUGUUUGGGAUGUUUCUGGAUCCGGUUUAGGAAGAUCAAGCCUGUCCCCAAAGGUGGGGUUGAAGUUGUAGAUCUUGAAUCUGGAGAAAGUAAGGGUUUUUCGUAUUUCCCGAUGGUCCUCGUGCAGAUCCCCAUGUGCAAUGAGAAAGAGGUUUAUCAGCAAUCGAUUGCUGCGGUGUGUAAUUUGGAUUGGCCGAAGGGGAAGUUGUUGAUUCAGGUUUUGGAUGAUUCCGAUGACCCAACGACGCAGUUGCUAAUAAAGGAGGAGGUUCAGAAGUGGCAACAUGAGGGUGCCAACAUUUUGUACCGGCAUCGCGUGAUUAGAGAUGGGUACAAGGCUGGGAAUUUGAAAUCCGCCAUGAAUUGUAGCUACGUCAAAGACUACGAGUUUGUUGCAAUAUUUGAUGCAGAUUUUCAGCCCACUCCAGAUUUCCUCAAAAAAACUGUUCCUCAUUUCAAGGAUAAUGAUGAAUUGGGGCUAGUUCAAGCAAGAUGGUCCUUUGUGAACAAGGAUGAGAACCUGCUAACGAGGUUGCAGAACAUUAACCUGACUUUUCAUUUUGAGGUGGAGCAGCAAGUAAAUGGUAUUUUCAUUAACUUCUUUGGGUUCAAUGGAACCGCUGGAGUGUGGAGAAUAAAGGCUUUGGAAGAUGCUGGUGGUUGGUUGGAGAGGACUACUGUUGAGGACAUGGACAUUGCCGUACGAGCUCAUCUUCAUGGCUGGAAAUUCAUUUUCCUCAAUGAUGUCGAGUGCCAAUGCGAGCUCCCUGAAUCUUAUGAAGCUUACAGGAAACAGCAGCAUAGAUGGCAUUCUGGGCCAAUGCAAUUGUUCCGCCUUUGCUUGCCUGAUAUCGUACGGUCCAGGAUAAGUGUGUGGAAGAAAUUCAACAUGAUAUUUCUCUUCUUCCUUCUUAGAAAACUGAUAUUACCAUUCUAUUCAUUCACCUUGUUUUGUAUAAUUCUACCUAUGACAAUGUUCGUGCCGGAGGCUGAACUUCCUGCGUGGGUUGUGUGCUACAUCCCUGCUGCCAUGUCCUUUCUCAACAUUCUUCCAGCCCCAAAGGCCUUUCCCUUUAUAGUCCCGUAUCUCCUAUUUGAGAACACCAUGUCAGUUACCAAGUUCAAUGCCAUGAUCUCAGGCCUGUUCCAGCUAGGUAGUGCAUACGAGUGGGUGGUCACUAAGAAAUCUGGUCGCUCCUCUGAAGGCGAUUUGGUUUCAUUGAUUGAGAAAGGACCAAAGCAUCAAAGAGGGUCCUCAGCACCUGAUCUUGAGGUAAUGAAAGAGGAACUUAGAAGGCAGGAGCUGCAGAAGGCCUCUAAGAAAAAGAAAAAACAUAACAGAAUAUAUAUGAAGGAGCUUGCUUUGGCCUUUUUACUCCUAACAGCCUCAGCAAGGAGUCUCCUCUCUGCCCAAGGGAUCCAUUUCUACUUUUUGUUAUUCCAGGGAAUAUCAUUCCUAUUGGUUGGUCUGGACUUGAUUGGUGAACAGGUGGACUGA